CUGGGCACUGGUCCAGCCACUCUCCACCGCAUCACUUCAACUUCUUGCGCAUUCUGGCCAGCUUUCCCCAAAGUCAACCCGGCAUCUCCAAGAAUUCCUCACACGACACAAAAUCCCCUCGACUUUUGCUUCGCCGUUCGACUCUUGCAUCCAGUAUUUGUCAUCUAUCGCGUCUUCGAGAGCCUCAGCACGUUUUCAUUAUGGCUCCCCCUCCGCCCGCCAAUGUCCCUCUGACCCAGAGGCUCCUGCUUCUCGCCCAGACCCUGCAAUUUGCUUGGUUUGCCGGACAUUUGUCCCUGAUCUUUUCCGUCAUCAGAUAUGGCCUUUCCUAUUUCACCUUCAACUACUACAGCCGAGUCGCCCGCUUUAGCUAUCGUCUCACUUUCCUCUCUGCCGCCCUGACGUACGGCAUCGUCGUCUACAAGACGCUCAGGGCCCGCAGCAAGGCCGGGGCAAAGGCGCCCACCAGCCCUCUGGCUCUGGCUGCUGAUGAGAACGUUCAGUACCUGGUCAUGUCCCUCGUCUGGCUUCUGUCUCCGCAGUACCCCCUGGCGAUGCUCCCUUACGCCAUUUACUCGGUCUUCCACGUCGCGACCUACACACGCGCCAACGUGAUCCCUACCAUCACCCCUCCCAAGCCCAUCGAGCCUGCUACUGGUGCCUCUCCCAGCGGCAAGCCCCAGUACGCGCACAACCCGAUCGCCGACAGAAUUGGCGCUUUCGUCAAGGAGUACUACGACGCCUCCAUGUCUGUGGUGUCCUCGCUCGAGAUCUCUCUUUGGGUUCGCCUUUUGGUCUCCGCCAUCACCUUCCAGCGCCGCUCCUGGAUCCUGAUUGCCAUCUACACAGCAUUCCUUCGUGCGCGCUUCUCCCAGAGCACCCACGUUCAAAACUCGCUUGCUGUCUUUGAGUCCCGCGUUGACUCGGCCGUCGGCAACCAGGGAACCCCUCCCGCUGCUCGCCAGGCCUGGGAGACGGUCAAGGGAGGCGCGCGCCAGUUCUACGCCUACACCGACCCCAACCGGUACAUUGGUGGUGCUUCUGUCCCCAAGAAGACGUCGUAAAGCUCCAUCGCACUGCAGACGGCGCCCCGGGGUCGUUCAGAUCUCUGGGUGCGCAAUAAAAGUCUCGGCUGUGCGAUGCCGCACGUAACUUGACUCCGCCGAUGCGACGGGUCAGGCUGGCAUCUCCAGCCACGACAAGGAUAUCUUUGGGCCGGAGAUGCCUACACGGAAUGGUUUAUGACGAGAAUACACGGUCGUAACGAAAAAGCAAUGAGAGGGAGAAGUGGUUCAUGGCCGGCCAAAGUUCACACGGCCUUUGCGCAAUUCAUUCAGGUUAUUGGAGUGUAGGCGAGUUUGGGAUCUGGGCACCCCCAGGUUGCUCUCUGCAUCACACGAUGAUUUCAGGUUUCCCGUUUUACUAUGGCUCCGGCCCCUGUUAGUUUUGUUUGAGCAGUAAAUCCAAAUUCGCAUGACUACAC